AUGGCACAUGUGACCAACCUCCCGGUUGAAGUGAUCGGACUGAUCUGCGCUGAGCUUUUAAACUCAGAUAUUAAAUCGCUCCGGUUAACAUGUACCUGGAUCAGUCAGAUCGCCCAGCUACGGCUCACCCGCGUGUUCCUCUCCGCCGACCCAACAAAUAUCAGGGUCUUUCGCGCCAUUGCAGACCAUGAACAGUACCGGGAGCGAAUCGCUGAAAUAAUUUACGACGAUGCACGCCUCGCCUUUUGGAAACUUGGUACGCGUUCAGGAUUUAACAGACAAAGAUUGGAGGAAAUUGUCGCCAUGAGCACCGAAGGCUGCCCAAACUGGUUUGCCGAGGCUUGCCACCAGAACAUCGUCCAUCUGGCUCUUCGCAAGGGACAAGAUGUAGACCUGCCACAUCAUAUCGCGCGGGCAAAUCAAGUCAAUGCUCAAUUACCACUGGGAAUAUGCUGGCAAUAUUACCAAAAUCUGGUCCAACAGCAGGACGAAGUGCUCCUUUCGAAGCAGCACGAGGAAGCAUUUCUUUACGGGUUAACGCGCUUCCCCUCCCUCAGGCGGGUAACUAUUACCCCUGCUGCACAUGGAUGGGUAUUCGCUCCACUAUACGAAACACCCAUGAUCCGCGCCUUUCCCUAUGGGCUCAAUUACCCUAUUCCGCGCGGAUGGCCAGCAGGAGGAAAUACGACAUCGCUCUGGGAAGAUCAAGACGAACGCCAUAAGGAACAAUGGCAUGGAUUUUGCAUGGUCACACGGAUACUGGCUCAAGAAGUGUCGCACCGUGUCAUAGAGCUGUUGAUCGACGUCAAUGGACUCCCUAUGGGACUGAACUGCUCGAUAUUUUACACCGAUUGCGAGGAAUAUAACAAUUUGGUCACGUUUCUUUCCAGACCGGGAUUUCGGCGUCUCGAUCUUUCCCUCUCCGUCGGCGGACAGGAAGGCCGGCGCUGCGAUUGGAUUGCUUUCCGGACUCGCUUCCUUUCGGAGAUGUUAAGCGAAGCCGAGGAACUCGAGCACUUUAGUCUAUUUACCACUCUCGGGAUGGAUUCAAGCCAUCGUCUUGGUUCUGAAGUACCCGAGGGUGGCGGUUCGAUGGCGCACUUUAUCCCGUUGCAAAAGGUCUUUCCCGUCUGUUACUGGGAUAACCUAAGGCACUUCCAAUUAUCACGGUUCAUGGUAACCCAAUCCGACCUCAUAGGCCUACUAACAGCUAUAUCGACCACUAUCCAGACCGUAUCGCUGAAUUUCCUAAUCUUUUUGGAUGACGGCGGGAACUACUAUUCGCUUUUGUACGAGAUCCGCGAUACCUUGAGAUGGCACGAGCGAGAGCCCGCCUUCCGACCAAACUUGAGUAUUGGAGUGGAUAUGGAUCCUCCAUAUAUAGGGAAAGAAAUCUGGGUCGAAAAGGAACUUCACGAAUUUCUCUAUGAGGGCGGGAGGAACCCCUUCUUUGCUGACUAUCCGAACCGAAUUGAGGCCGGCAUGGGCAUGGAAAGAGAUACUUUCGAGGUUGCAUAUGAGCGACCAUAUUUGCCGUCUGCAUCACCAUCAAGGCGAAGUACCCACGUGCCUCCCAAAGACAUGUACAUGCUUGAAUAA